AUGGCAUCAUCAAAACUUUCAUACGACAGUGAUAGUUCGUCUUCUGGUAGUGAAUCAGAUGGGGAUGAUUCAUUAUAUGUUUUCCAGAGCUUUAGAAAGAAACAACGGUUUGGCGACAACUUAGACGGUACUACUGCAAUGAAGAAAUCAACUGGAAUUAUCACCUCUAUUGUUCCAGCCAUGGUUGCAACUACGAUGAUAAACGUCAAGGGGCCUCAUGGUGGAUCAGUUUUGGGUAGAAGAUACAUUGAACGUGAUAGAAAGGUUCGUCAUAAUUUGAUUAUCAAAGAUUAUUUCAGUGGCGGGGAGUCGAAAUAUCCACCAAGUUAUUUUCGUCGUCGCUAUCGGUUGGAUAUUGAUCUAUUCAAGCGUAUUUUACAUGGAAUUCAUGACCAUGACGACUACUUUACACAAAAGGUUGAUGCUGCUAAGAAGUAUGGGUUGAGUCCUCUGCAAAAGAUGAUGGCCUUAGUGAAAAUGCUUGCAUAUGGUUGUCCAACUGAUUCUGUUGAUGAGUACAUUCAGAUUGGUGAAAGUACGGCAAUUGAAUGCCUGAAACGCUUUUGUGAUGCUAUAAUUGGUGUUUUCGAGGAGCAAUACUUGAGAAAACCAAAUGAAGAUGACAUCAAAAAGUUGUUUAAAGAAGGAGAAGAUCGUGGUUUUCCCGAAAUGCUCGGAAUUCUUGAUUGUAUGCAUUGGCCUUGGAGGAAUUGCCCUGUGGCAUGA